AUGCCAAGGAAGAAAAAUAAUUUUCCAGUUUUCACUCGUAAGCCGAAUAUGUCUAUGUCUGUUUUAACGAGAAUACAGCCACACUAUACGCCUAGUUAUGUAACUUAUCCGCCAAGCAUUCUUCAACUUACAAGAUCUCAUUCUAAAUCGAGUGAAAAUCGUUAUCCUAUUGCUUUACGAAUAAUAUUAAAAGUUAUCGAAUUGCUGCUUAGCUCAGUCAUAUUAGGACUUAUUUUAUAUCCAAUCCAUGAUUUGUCAUUUUAUAAAUUUGCUGUGAGGACGAAAACUGAAUGGCAAGGACUUGUUAUUGCUAUUGCCUUGUUUUUUGCUUUUGCUGCAUUAUUAUUGCUCAUUUUAUCAUAUUUUGUCAAUAGGUAUCAUUGUGUUCUUGGUUCGUUGUUUUUUAUAUUGGGUGGCACGAUUGAAGCUUAUUAUGCAUCAUGCUAUCCGCCUCAAGGACAAAUGAUAAAAGAAGUUUGUCCUAAGCCUGAAUGGAUUAUUGCCACAAUUUUAAUUUUCAUUAAUACUGGCUUUUAUAUUAUCGAUGUGAUAUUAUCAUUUCGAUCCGGUGUGAGCUUAUUAUAA